AUGUGUCGUGUUAGACAAAAUUUAACGACUUUGUUAGUGCAUGCGGGCUUGAUACUGUUUAUUGGUGUGCCAGUUUUAUCUAAUUCAGAUUUACCGAACCGCCUAAACUACGACUACAUCUACAAUAACACCAACUAUGCACAAUUAAGCCAUAACGUAAGGCCAUAUGAUAUAUCAAAUAGUAAUAAACCUAAGAAUAAUAGCCACAGAUAUGCAGACAGAGGAAGCGACAACAACAAAUAUGAAAUCUUUAAUAAUGAUAAUAUGCUUGUGGGAUUCGCUCAUGAUCCGUUUAGGUAUUCUAUACCAGAAGCUGAUUAUUUAAGGGGCGUUCGGGAAAUGGACCCAAAACAAUUUUCCAAUAAAGGUGAUCGAGGCAAACGUGGAGUUUUCCACCUCUACAACAUGCUGCAGUGUGCUACUGGAUGCGACCCCAUCUCCUACAAGGGCUAUGGAUGCUACUGUGGAUUCCUUGGCUCUGGCAGACCUACAGAUGGGAUUGAUAAUUGCUGCAGACUCCACGACGAAUGUUACGAGAACGUCUACUGUCCCGCAAACACAGUGUACUUCCAGCCAUACUACUGGAAGUGCUUCAACAGACAACCUCACUGCGCCCUUGGGUACUAUCAGUCGCGUCGCCAGGUUGGCAAUAGUUGCUCUGCCAGAUUAUGCGAAUGCGACAGGAGAUUUGCUAUGUGUGUCAGAAAAUAUUCCUGUCCGCGCAGUCGAACAUUCUGUAAAUCUGAUCCGUUAAGGCUAAUACAGAAUAUACUGAUGUUUAAAUAAGAAUUUUUUUAAUUAAACUUUGUUAAUAAUAACUGUC